UCCCGUCCUCUCUGUAAAAAAAUCAAUAAAAUGUAUUUUAAAAAAAAGAACCGCCACACCAAAUUAGUGAAGCAAUCCCCUGUAUGUAGAGUUCUGGUCAUUUCUCAUCUUUUGCUGAUAGAAAGCAGUGAAUAGCCCUGAGUUUGUGUCUGUUCACCUGCUAAGCAUAAAUUCCUGAAACAGUUUUGGGGUCAAAGGGAUGGGAUUUGCAGUUUCAGUAUCAACUGCUACCAACUUACACUCCCAUCCACAGUGUGGGGAUGCACCUAUGUCAUGCGUGCACCCCAGCCAUGGGAAAGCAAGCUCUGAUUUUCCAAUCUUGGGUUCCGAGUCAAGUUUUAACUCAAUCUCACCUGUGUGAGGUCGAGCACCUCUUCAAACAUGCAAAAGCUACUUGAAUUUCCUUUGCCUCAAAAGCUCUCCCAAGCUCCUCAGUGCCAAACACCAUGUUAAUCACUGUCCUCAGAACCUCAUGUGGGAGGGACUGAUUAGCCUCCUUUCAGAGGUAAGGGCCAGUCUCACUUCCCAGGGGCCACAGGGGCAGGGUAUGGAAGUCACUGUGACUUGCAACUGCCUCCAAGACCCAGUGGGAGCCAACAUCCCUUCGUGCUGAUGCUCUGGACACCGGGACGGGCUGAGUCCCAGGGUCCUAGGUGGCCCUUCUAGAGGCAGGGGUCCCUGCAGGGUGAGCUUCCGGCCCCGUGUGUCCCAACACUUGGCUGUCCUGGAGCCUCUCCCUUUUCCUGUUUUGACACUGGCUCAGCCAGGCCCAGACACAGGGGCAUGACGUCUUAAUCCUCUAGGCUGGAGCCAUGAUGGAUGAGUCCCCAUUAGCUAAUUCACCUGCCAAACCACCUCUUCCCUGCUCCCGCUCCCUGACCCCCAACAUAUCCAUUCCACCUGGUGCCCAACACAGGGGCUCCUGAGCCUCAGCACCCUGCUUGAAUGGGAGGGGGCCCCAGUGGGGGACCCACAGAACCUCCCCCGCCACCUCUCCUUCCAGAUGGCAGGUGGGACAGUGGGGCAGGGACCCUGGUUGCUCAUCCUGGGCUGGGCCCUGGCUGCCGCUUCAACUCUUAAAUCAAGGUGCGGAGGGGGUGUCAGAAAUCUAUGGAAUGUCUGGAUGAGGGGGUGAGCCCUUAACUCUUAGAAGGAAAGAAUGUGGGACAGGGAGUUGGCCUGCCUGGGUCUGAGGAUGUGGGAGACAAGCUGGUGGGGGACAUGGGGCCUUCGUGCCCAUACAGCAUCCGGCAGGGAAGAGGUUAUUUCCCAGCCCAGAUGGGGAUAAAUUGAGAGUGCAGGACCUCUCCAUCCUCAGAACCUGUUCGUCACAAUGGCCACAGGAAGAGUCCUGCUCGGCUCUCUGCUGUUCCUAUCCCUGCAGCUGGGCCUCGGCGGGAACCCGAGUACGCCAGGGGCUCCAGUGGUGGAGGGAACACUCUCGCCUGAGCCAGCAACAGACAUGGGGACCUGGAAGGCACAGCUGAGUGCCCGCCUGCGCCGAGCCCCAGCCGGCCCCUGCCAGCUGCGGAGCUUGGCCCUGCCAGUGGUGGAACUGGGCCUGGGCUAUGCUUCAGAGGAGAUGAUCAUCUUCCGCUACUGUGCUGGCAGCUGUCCCCGAGGUGCCCACACCCAGCACAGCCUGACGCUGGCCUGGCUGCGGAGCCAGGGCCGAGCACACGGAAGCCCCUGCUGCCAGCCCACCCGCUAUGCUGACGUGGCCUUCCUGGAUGAUCACCACCGCUGGCAGUGGCUGCCCCAGCUCUCAGCGGCUGCCUGUGGCUGCAGUGGCUGAGGAUGCCCAGACGGGGCCCUGCAGCCACCCCAGAGGUCUGAUGACUUAUUUAUUGGAGACCUGGAUGCCCAGAAGAUGAGAAGAUGGGGUGGACUGGGGAUGCCAGCAAGGGACACAAUAAAGGAAAUUGAUCCUGG